CCCACCUCCCCCCAGCGGAGGCCCGGAAGGGACCAUUCGCGCUUCCGUCUCCGCCGGGGCCUCACGGAGGGCGGAGCUGCGGCCCGAGGACGCGACGCGAGCCCAGUUCCGGCGAGGAGGCCGCGCCAGUGACAGCGAUGGCGGCGGAGUCGGCGCUCCAAGUUGUGGAGAAGCUGCAGGCGCGCCUGGCUGCGAACCCGGACCCCAAGAAGCUAUUGAAAUAUUUGAAGAAACUUUCCCUCUUACCUAUCACAGUAGACAUUCUUGUGGAGACUGGGGUGGGGAAAACAGUGAACAGCUUUCGGAAACAUGAGCAAGUAGGAAACUUUGCCAGAGACCUGGUGGCCCAGUGGAAGAAGCUGGUUCCAGUAGAGCGAAAUAAUGAGACUGAGGAUCAGGAUUUUGAGAAGAAUAAUUCCCGUAAGCGUCCCAGAGAUGCUCUUCAGAGGGAAGAGGAGUUGGAGGGAAACUACCAGGAAAGCUGGAAGCCCUCUGGCAGCCGGUCCUACAGCCCUGAGCACAGACAGAAAAAACACAAAAAACUUUCUGAGCCUGAAAGGCCUCAUAAAGUGGCUCAUAGUCACGAGAGGAGAGAUGAAAGGAAGAGGUGCCACAAAGUAUCACCACCAUAUUCUUCAGACCCUGAGUCGUCUGACUAUGGCCAUGUUCAAUCCCCUGCACCUUCAAGUCCUCAUCAAAUGUAUACAGACCUUUCCAGGUCCCCAGAAGAGGACCAGGAGCCCAUCAUCUCACACCAGAAGCCUGGAAAAGUCCAUAGUAAUACCUUUCAGGACAGACUAGGGGUUAGUCCCCUGGGGGAACACCAAGGGAAAGGGUCUGUCAGCCAGAACAAACAGCUCAAAUCUUCCCACAAGGAGAAACGCCCUGUGGGCGCUGGGGGCACCGAGAAGAUCUCUGCCAUGGGCAGAGAGAAGUCGCACAGAGCCUCUUCCAAAGAGGAAAGCCGAAGGCUACUCUCAGGGGACAGUGCCAAGGAGAAGCUGCCCUCUAGUGCUGUCAAGAAAGAGAAGGACAGAGAAGGCAGCAGUCUCAAGAAGAAGUUUUCACCUGCCUUAGAUGUUGCUUCAGACAACCACUUUAAAAAGCCCAAACACAAGGACUCCGAGAAAACCAAGUCUGACAGAAGCAAGCCGAGUGUAGAAGGCAUGGACUCAGGAGGAGGGGCAGGAGACCCCUUGCCCAAAGCCAAGGAGAAAGUUCCCAACAACCUGAAGGCUCAGGAGGGGAAAGGAAGAGCAAACUCGGCUCGAAAGUCACCAGGCUCGCUCCCUAAAGUAGAGGAGACGGACAUGGAGGAUGAGUUUGAGCAGCCCACCAUGUCGUUUGAGUCAUACCUCAGCUAUGACCAGCCCCGGAAGAAAAAGAAGAAGGUUGUGAAAACUUCGAGUACAGCACUUGGAGAGAAAGGACUUAAGAAGAAGGACUCUAAGAGCACUAGUAAGAACUUGAACUCGGCUCAGAAGUUACCCAAGGUGAACGAGAACAAGUCAGAGAGGUUGCAGCCAGCUGGAGCCGAGCCUGCCAGGCCUCGAAAGGUCCCUGCUGAUGUGCUGCCAGCAUUGCCAGACAUCCCCUUACCUGCCAUACAAGCCAACUACCGUCCCCUUCCUUCCCUCGAGUCGAUUCCCUCCUUUCAGCCAAAGCGAAAAGCUUUCUCUUCACCCCAGGAGGAAGAAGAAGCUGGGUUCACAGGACGCAGAAUGAAUUCAAAGAUGCAGGUGUAUUCGGGUUCCAAGUGUGCCUAUCUCCCCAAAAUGAUGACCUUGCACCAGCAGUGUAUCCGGGUGCUUAAGAAUAAUAUUGACUCUAUCUUUGAAGUGGGAGGAGUCCCCUAUUCUGUUCUUGAACCUGUCUUGGAGAGGUGCACACCCGAUCAGCUCUACCGAAUAGAGGAAUGCAAUCAUGUACUAAUUGAGGAAACAGAUCAGCUGUGGAAAGUUCAUUGUCACCGAGACUUUAAGGAAGAAAGACCAGAGGAGUACGAGUCCUGGAGGGAGAUGUACCUGAGGCUUCAGGACGCCAGAGAGCAGCGACUGCGCCUGCUCACAAACAACAUCCGGUCUGCACAUGCCAAUAAGCCAAAAGGACGACAAGCAAAGAUGGCCUUUGUCAACUCUGUGGCCAAGCCACCGAGAGAUGUCCGACGGAGGCAGGAGAAGUUUGGAACUGGGGGAGCAGCUGUCCCUGAGAAAGUCAGGAUAAAGCCAGCACCAUAUACAACAGGAAGCAGCCAUGUUCCUGCCAGCAACAGCAGCAGCAACUUCCACUCCAGCCCUGAGGAGCUGGCCUAUGAUGGGCCCAGUACCAGCAGUGCCCACUUAGCUCCUGUGGCCAGCAGUUCUGUUUGCUAUGAUCCCAGGAAACCAGCUGUGAAGAAAAUUGCCCCGAUGAUGGCCAAGACCAUUAAAGCGUUCAAGAACAGAUUCUCCCGACGGUAAACAGGACUUGCCCUGGAGGUUGAGUCUGGAAGCAGGACUACAGGGACAGUGGGGACAGGAGAAGAGGAUGUCCACAGAAGAUCCAUAUCUUUUGCUUUGUGGAACUUUUGUCCUGACUCCUGCACAGUUCCAGGUGUUGCCCGUGUGCCUCAGCCCUGCAUCCUGCUUGUAACACACUUCAGAUUUCUGAAGACAGUAUGAGCCUCAGUCCUACUGAGGACUUUAAGAUCAGUUACACUUUUGUUGCUAAUUAGCAUCUUUGUAAACUAUAAGACAUAGUUUUAAUUAAUAAAUAUUGCCCCAGAUGUAUUUAUAAUACC